AUGGGUAACGGCAACCCUAGAGCUCCUGGAGGCCCAGGGGAAAUCAGGAACCCACGUACAGGAGGUGAUCCAGCCGGCAAAAAAGCAUUCGAAUUGCUACAUGGCUCUUCUGAAGUGGAUAAGAUUCGUGUGUGGAUUGGCAAUGGCAAGCCACCAAACCCGAAGGAGCUGAUUCUAGCCCUUCAGCUAGUUUACGUUGACCACUCUGAAAGUGAGGUUGUUGGAAAGAAGAAUCACGAUGAUUACAUUAGGGAGGAAUUCGAUUUAAACGCUAAGGAGGUCAUUACUGAGAUGUCCCUCUACACUGGAUGGCGUUUUGACCGUUUCCUGAUCAAAUCGUUCGACACUGGAACGGGAAACAGCCGAGAAUGGAAAGGUGGAGCAAAGGAUGGUGGAAACCCACAUGAGCAGAAAGUGGGAGAAAAGGUUCUGUUAGGCUUUUGGGGCUACCAUGAUGAUGAUGAGAUUGUUCAGAUUGGAUCAAUCUUCAGGGGUGAUUCUUAG